AUGUUAGCUCACAACAACAUGACUAAAGAAAAGUCGAGCAGAGAGAGCGACUCGGACAGCAGUGACUCGGACUCGGACUCGGACUCUGAGGCGGAGGAGGAGACGCGGCCUCCCAUGGACGUGUUCAAGGCCAUUUUCUCCUGUUCCUCCGACGAGAAAUCUUCAUCCGAGAACGAGGAAGAAGAGAAGGAAGAACCGGAGCACAUCACACACAAUCUCUUCAACAUCGACAUCAGCGCUCUCCCCGCCCCUGCUGUAGCCACGCCCCCUAGUGCGCCAAUCAACCGGAACACGGGUAAAUGCAAAGAAAACCACACCACACCAAAUCCCCGACCAGAUGUUACUUACCCCAUUCACAUAAACCUCAAGUGA